AUGCGCAUUGGCGAGCACACCAUCGUUGCAGAUGUGACAACACUGCGACGGCACUUGCAGUGUCACCAUAAGCACAGAUACUACAAGUGGUGCCAGAAAGAAGCUUUCGAAUCGAAGCUUCCGGACGACGUAACAGCCCGAAAGGCAAACAUUGUUGAAGGCUAUAAGACACAGGGCACAUUAGAUGGAUGCGUUCAGAUGGGAGAUGUUGUCGAACGUGUCCUUCCAUAUUCCGAUGAUGCGUUCCAGGCUGUCACAAUACAAUGGCUUGUGGAGACAGAUCAGCCCAUCAGUGCCCUCGAACACCCAGCAUUCGAGAAGAUGAUCCAACUUGCCUCACGUGCCAAGGGCGUCAUCAAGAUCUCUAGACGAUCCACCACAUGGCGUGAAAUCAUCAAUUUAUUUCAUCAAUACUUACGUGACUUGAAGCGGUGUCUGACGGUAUGUAUAUCCUUACUGUGUAGACCCUUUUGA